GCAGAGCACGAAGAAAUGAAAAAGCCAUGAAACAGCAUGGCUCUCCCUGUCCAAGACGAGCUCUUUCAUCAAUUAACAAGCACCAGCGUGAAUGGCAAUUCCAAUUCCAACUCAUUCCUCUCCGUAUUCCUUCUCCUACUCCUCCCAUAUCUACUCAUCAUCUUCCUCCGCUCUCGCGCAAGAUCAUCAUACAACCAUUACAAGAACAACUUCAGACUCCCACCUGGCCCAUCCCCUCUCCCCAUCAUCGGAUCUCUUCAUAAACUCUUCGGCCAAAUCCUCCACAUAGCCUUCCGCCGCCUCUCCAAAGAACACGGCCCACUCAUGCACUUGCUUCUCGGCCAAACCUCCACCAUAAUCGCCUCCUCUCAAGAAGUCGCUUCAGAAAUCCUAAGAAAUCAGGACACCGUUUUCUGCAGCCGCCCACGCCUCUCCGCUGUCACUCACUUCUCCUAUGGCGGCUUAGACAUCGGCGCUUCCCCUUUCGGCGAAGGAUGGAAGAAACUGCGACGAUUCGGCAGCAACAAGAUGUUCAAUCCCGGAAAGGUGCAAUCUUUCAGCUUUAUUCGACAGGAGGAGGUGAGUGUCAUGGUCGGAUCCAUAGCAAAACGUUCGCUGCAGGGAAAGAUGAUAAAUUUCAGCGAGAUUGCAAUGUGUCUGUUCAAUAAUAUUACAUUCAGAGAGGUUUUCAGCAAGCGCGCGUCCCCUGAUGGAGAGUGCUUGUUGAGUCCGCACUAUAAUCUUAUCAUGCGCAUGAUGACUUUGAUGACAGAGUUCAAUGUCAGAGACUUUUUCCCUUCGUUUUGGUGGCUUGAUUUCUUAACUGGUUGGCGGUUUAAGAUUGAGAGAUGCUUUCGGGCUAUGGAUCGUGUGUUUGAAAAAGAGAUUAAUUUGAGAUUAAAACAGCAUGCUAAUAAUAUUUAUUACGGAGAUUUCCUUGAUGAUGUUCUGAAGCGUCAAAAGGAACUGGAUCCAUCACUUGGCUAUCUCUUCUCGCGCAAAGAGAUGAAGGCCCUUCUCAUGGAUAUGUUUUUAGGGGGAUCAGAUACAAGCUGUGUGACGCUGGAGUGGGCGAUGACGGAGCUGAUUAGGAAUCCGGCGGCCAUCAAGAGAGCACAAGAAGAGGUCAGGCGAGUAGGAAGAAACAGAGAAAGAUUAGAAGAAAGCGACAUGGAGGAGCUUCAGUAUUUGAAGAUGGUGGUGAAAGAGACACUUCGUCUUCACCCCCCAACAACCCUAUUAGCUCCACGUGAGUGCAUGAAAGACACGCAGAUCCAUGGCUACGAUAUCCCGAAGAAGACUUUGGUGAUCAUAAACGCUUGGGCCAUUGGAAGGGACCCCAAGUACUGGGAUGAGGCAGAGGUGUUCAGGCCGGAGAGAUUCGAGCUAAAAAAAGUAAAUUUUAAAGGGAAUCACUUUGAGUUUAUUCCAUUUGGAUCGGGAAGGAGGAUCUGUCCUGGAAUGACACUUGGCUUGGCGAGCAUAGAGCUUGCUCUGGCUAAUAUUUUAUAUAGUUUUGACUGGGAAUUACCGUUCGGGAUGACCGAGAAGGAUGUGGACAUGGGAGAGCUUUUUGGGCUCUCCACUCAUAAGAAGAAGCCACUGCUAUUGGCGGCGACUCCUGCUGUUAAUGCUCCGGUUCGCCUGUGAUCGAUCGAAGCAUAAAAAUCGCCUCUUUUAUUUUGUUUUUCUUCUUUCGAUAAAGGUUAUCUGCCAUGGUAUUAUCUGUUGGAUUAACGUUUGUCUUUCUGUUUGACGAUGCGUUGACUUGGUAGGCUUAUG